UACACACACUCACACCAUCCGCCAGGAAAUGGAUAAGACAGAAGAGCAGCGCCAUCAGUGUGACACCAAACCAGCAUCAUGCACUUUAUUCUCACAGCAGUGGAGCAGGAAUAAAAACACCAUCACGUCGCCUUGAAUCAACACCAUCCUCCCGUCAUGUGUGAAUCAGACGCGAAUCCGUUCCGUGCCAAAGUGGGAUAAAUGUGGCUCCUGUAUGUGGAGGAGAGGCUGUCUGCACGCGCACGAGAGGACAUAAGAACCGACGGGACGCGUUCCGGAGCCUCCGCGACGAGCCGGAGACUCAAUGUAACGAUUUGUAUCUAAAGAUGAAAAGAGUCGUGUGCGUGUUCGUGCAGUGGUGAUGACACGUGACGACUCCAGUGGCGGUUGGGUGCCCCUUGGAGGUGGCGGCCUCAGUCAUGUGGUCAUAUGUAGGGGGCGGACACGCGACGACCGGGGGCGGCGAGAAUACAUCAUACGUGGAGAGCGGCUGCGAGACCGAGCCCCGGUGUUGGAGUGUGCAGUGCAGAGGGGGCUAGUGUACAACAAGGUGAACCCCAUCUUCCAUCACUGGCGAGUGGACGAGCGAAAGUUUGGCCUCAUGUUCCAGAGUCCUGCCGACGCCAUCUCCUUUGAGAAGGGGCUGCAGGCCGUCCUAGACAAGCUCGACAGAGGCUCGGACUCGCCCUCGUCCUCCACGCCAGAAGAGGCCGACACCGAGGAUGACGGCCAAGCUUCCCAUACAGGAAGUGAGUCGUCAUCCAACAGCAGAAAGGAGAUGCUUCCCAAGCCCAUCACCAUAGUGACGAGCGAGUCGUCGUCCACCUGCUUCGUGCUGUCGGAGGAGUUCAGCUUUGCGUCCGGCCACGCUGUCACCACGCAGACACCUGCUCAGAUCCACUCCAGGCCGGGACAGCACCAGCUCUCACAAAUGACGUCUGUGUUGAAUCCCCCUUCACCCCCACCACCACCUCCUGCUCCACCGACUCCUCCUUUGGGUCCUCCAGCCUCAUCCCCCCUGUCCCCCCUCUCACCCACCAUUUCUCUGCUGGAGGAGGGGGACCUUCGCAGUGUGGACCCAUGCAAAGACCUGUGGGGUUCUAGAGGUUAUGAGGACUACCGACGGGCGGGGGCCACCAGGACUAUGGUCGGGGGGCUGACUGGGGGCGUGGUGGUCAGUGCUGGAGGGAGCCUGCAGGACAAGUCGGAGCUGUGCGUGGUUCGCUUUGAGAAGGACGUGGCCGGAGUGGGGACGGCCGGCUGUGAAGUGACAGUGAGCUUGGACAGUAAAGCGUCACAGCGUCUGUCCUCGUCCUCACCUACCUGUAUGUCCAUGCCCAACGCUGUGUCAGGCGUGUCCUCAGGUGCCGGCUCACCCCAGGAGACGUGCAAAGGCUCGCCCUCUCCGUGCUGCAUCCACGCCUCACUGGCCACGCCGCAGUCACGGACUCGUAAGAGAGGAGGAGGGGCAAGCAGCAGCGACCAGGGGGCUAUAUCCCCUGAUGACGACAGCCCCUGUCCUCAGGGGUCAUCGUCGUGCUCAUCUCGAUGUGUGUACUGCCGCUCGGUUUUCAGCGCUUCGGAAAACGGGCGGGGCCGCUGCAGAGAUGCCCCCGACCCGGCCAUGCACUGCCUACGCCAGUGGACCUGUGUGUGGUGCGCAGAGAGUCUGCUCUACCACUGCAUGUCGGACUCGGAGGGAGAAUUCUGGGAGCCUUGCUCGUGUGAAGAGUCGAUGGGGGGCCACCCGCACCCCCUUUGCUGUGCCCGCUGGUUGGCCCUCCUGGCCCUGUCGCUCUUCGUGCCCUGCAUGUGCUGCUACCUGCCUUUGCGCGCCUGCCUGCGGUGUGGCGAGAGGUGUGGCUGCUGCGGGGGAAAGCACAAGGCGGUCCGAUGAGGCCCGGCUCUGGGGUGGGAGGGGUUCCCUGGACCAAAGGGGGUUUGGGUGUUGGGAGAAGAGAGCAUCGACAGGGACAGAGGGGGGUGGAGCUCAGCUGGUGGAACAGCGCUCUCAGUCGACCCAGACCUUUAACGUGGCCCUCCGAAGCCCCACGGCCUUCCACUGCAUUCCGCUCUUUCUCUUUUCAACCUGGGGCCUUCCUCACUGGUCCAUGCCUGCUGAAGGUGCGCUGCACUCAGACCAGGCUCUGUGGGAGUCAUCUGGAGCCUUCAUGGUGGAUGUACCGCGGGUUGGCUGAUCUCCAGUCAGCAGUCAGAGACUCUAAUCGCAGGUAGAGGGGCAGAGGCAAAGAUGAUGUGUACACUGUUUCCAAUGUCCGUUUUUUUUUAUUUAGAAAGAAAAACACAAAAACAAAAGAUGUUUAUAUAUAUGAUUGUAAUAAUUUUAAUUGGUAUAUUUUAUUAAAUGUAAAACAUAUUGACAGAACCCCCAGUGGCACACACUAUCACGUAUUCACAAACACGAGAUCUUUGGGGGCGUUACUUGUUUCAUGUCGGCCUGUUGAUGAUGAGAUAUCACCCUUUACCUCUAAGUUUACCUCAGAUGUUUCUCAAACCCUGGUCAAGGAGAGAGUUUUGGAAAGAGUAUCAGCAUCUGAGACCACUGCUGCUGUGCGUUGGUCUGUGAAGUCGACCACUGGAGGAAAACCUUAUCGAACGCAAAGGGACGAUUACAGUCAAGGGAAAGCUGCAAUGACAACCACAAAGACUUAAAAGUCCUAAUGUGAUUCAUUUUAUAACCAAACACAAGAAUAGUUUUGUUUUCUGAAAAGAAACGAAAUCACAAAUGUGCGUCGAACUUUAACCUCCCUCACUCUGGACAUAUUAUUUCAUCUCUACAUGUUUUUUCAAUAUUAAUCAUAGAAAACAUCCCAUUCGACCGCUGUUCGUGUUGAAUCAGUCACGGUGCUUUCAACUGAGGCCUCUGAGCGAGUUUAUUCUCCCCCCCCCCCUAAAAAGGACCCCAUGCUGACUAAUCUGUAGAUGUGUCCAGGCCACCAAAAAAAAAACAAGUGCAAUGAACAACGUAUUGAGAGUAUUUUUGUACCAGUCGCUCUAAAAACUAGCGUAGAAUUUGAAAAAAGUGUUGGAAAUGAAAAGUGUGGUUGUCUUGAUGUGUUUCGAUAUCGCGUAGGAAAAGAGAAAACAGGAGCGCGCUCAUCUCUGAGCAGCAGCACGUAGCUCACACGUGUUAAACACGAGUGCUGCAGACUGUUGAGCCUGAGAUCAGGAAACAACUUGAAAAAGACGAUCGGAGGAGGUUUCUUUGUUCGGGGAACAGUGUUUUGCUAAUGUUGCUUUAAGUAUGAAGUCAAAAAUAAAAGCUGCUAUUUGAAGUCCUGCCCAAACCCCGUUUUUCAAACUGUCCCCGAGUCGGAAACAAACCCAAAGUUCUGAGGGAACUAAAGAUUAUGUUAUUUGUAAGUUUACAGUUAAAGACAAAUUCACCCCCAGGCAAAGUGAUGUACGCUGCAUUUCUGUGUCUGUUUUGCAGAUUGAUGGAUUAUUUUUCUACUUCUGGCCACGGGAAGAUGAGGGUAGAUCAGCUCGUCAACAGAAUCUUAAUAAUUCUCCUCAGUAAUAUCAGGUUUGUUGUGUAAACUCCUCAGAAUCAAAGAGCAGGGGCCUCGUGUGCAGCCUCCACUUUGCACCAGUGUGUAACAGUCAAGCAAAGUGAGAUUUACUACACAAGAGGUCAACUAUGAAGAAUCAAGAUCUAAAUGCAUCGAGCAUCAUAUAGAGACAACGUCUUCUAAAGAGAAUCUUUGGGGGAAUUUCUCUUUUAAAUCCAGAGACUUUCUCCUUCCAAACAAUCUCCUUGAAUUCAAUCAGGCUGCACCAGACUCCGCACACUCGUGGAUAUCAGUUCCCUUAACGUGCCUGAUUCAGUUUCACCAAGAUCCUGGUUUUAUUCCCAUUCUCUCAAUGUUAAAGAAAGAGAUCGACACCAUCGGUUGUUUUUGUGUGAUCUCGCUCGAAAUGCACGGAGCAUCCCAGAAUGACCUCAAUCGAGAACCCAUGGAUUCUCCUUUAGAAAGUAAAGAUUGAUAUGUUCUGUGUCGGGGAACCAGUGUUGAUGAGUUUCACUACAAAUGGAAGGAAUCAGCUGAUUACGGCAGAAUGAACCUUUCAGAAGCUUCACCUGAUUAUUUACAUUUUAAGGUUUCGCCAAGAACUUUUAUCCAAAGUGACUUAAAGUGAGUGACGUGAACAGACGGGGGGGGGUUUGGAGUUAGGACACUCGACCGCUGAUGAACACGACCCUUGACCUCUCAGAUAUGGGACUCAAACUCAGCCCCACCCUCCUCCCUCCCUCACACACACACACAAUCCCCACAAAUCUGCAAUGCAUAGAUGUGCACGCACACACACACACACACACACACACACUAAAUGGUGCAGACAUACAGAACUAGUAAAGCCAUUGCACACAGUUUGCUACUUCUGGUCCAGAACUGGUGUUGGAGUACUGACAGUCAUGCGAUCACAACUGCAGGCCCCAUUCUUACAUCUUAAUAAAUGUGCCUUUUGAUUUGAGUAAUCAAUAACUUAUGAUUUCUAAGUAACUCUGUAUUAAGUACUACUUCUUUUUUUUUUUCUUCGGGGUUAUUGAUUUCUGCCAAUGUGCAUAUUUUUCAAAUGUACGUAUUUAUUAGUUUUCAAAGUAAUUAAUGAGAUAUUACCUGUUUAUUUAUUUAUUGAGAUAUUUAUUCUGAUUCUUUAUUUUUUUGAGACAGGUUUUUAUCUUCCGUGCUGUCUUACUUCUGACUUUGUGCCAAUGUGCUGCUUUGAGGUGUUACAUAUCGUGGGUUUGUAUCAUUAUUAAACCCUCACUCUAUAUUUUAAAA